AUGAAAUUACAUGAAGACACAAAUAUCGAGAACCUGAACGUCCUUUCCAUGCCAGACCAAGAAAACCUGAAAAUCACCCGAGAAAUCAAAACCAAUGCGUUUGAUAUAUUUUGUUUAGUCCUAGAGCAAAGCCAAAAGAAAAGCACAAAGCUAAGAAAGUACAUUAGUUUUCUUAUAACUUGGCUUCAGACAAUACAAGUGAUUACAUUACUUUACUAUCCGAAAAUGAAUAUCAAAGAGUGAAGCUCUUAUGCAUUAUUUUGACAGUGGCUUUCCUAUACGAGAUUAGACCCCAUCAUUAUGCAGCUAAAUGUUUAUCUUUAUUCCUUGAUAUUCGCUGCAGUUAUUAGUAUUUUACCAAUUGUAUAUUUUAUCUUUCUUAUGAUUGCCAAAAGAAGAAAUGAGGAAAGAGAGUUUAGCUUUAUUGAUCUGCUUAUAAUAACACCAGUUUUACUUAUUACUAGAUAUUUUUAUAUCCCAGUGCUAUGCUUGGUAGUUGUAGGAUUUAAAUAUUUGCCUAACUCCCCUAGAAGUUCGACCAAGAUUUUUUUGGUCGAACUUCGAGGGGGGUUAAAAAAAAUUAUAUAUAGAAUUUUUUUUAUAUAAUUUAGUAGUUAAAAAAAAAAUAUUUAUCAUAUUUCUUCUGUAUGGUUGAGAGGGUGUAAGGGUUAGAAAAAAUAGUGCAAGAUGGUUUUGUAACGCUUUUUUAGAACUUGAAUACAAAAAUCGCAAGCUCACCCCCACAUAGAUUAAAAAUUUUUGAAAAAUUGCUUAUUUUCCUAGUAAAUUUAUAUAGGUCUUGGUCGAACUUUGAGGGGGGUUAAUUUUCCAAAAAAAUAGGAAUUUUCCCUAUAUCUUGGUCGAACUUCGAGGGGGGGGAGUAAGGGCAUUGAUACUUAUAUGGAAGAAUAUGAUGAAGAAAGAGAUAUGACUCAUCUCUAUUUAUCAAGCCUACUUAUUACUUUGAGUAUUACUGUUACUUUGUUAGCAGUCGCGAAAGAACUAUUUUUGAUUGAUAUAAGGCAUUAUAAAGGCUCUGGAGCGUAUUCUAAGUCAUCUGGAAGGAUAAAUGUGGUUAGAAUUUUGGCUCAAAAUUUCCAGGUUUUAGGGUAUUAUUUUAUAUUUUCUGAUUAUUUACAAAUUUAUUACGUCCUGACAAUUGUUAUGUGGUGUUUUAUUUCUUAUUUAUUUUCUUAUAGAAUGCCUUAUUAUGAAAUCAACUCAAACCUUACUCAUAGUGCUUUAGCCUUCAUAAUAGCUUUUAGUGCUUUGGCGUUUUUGAUAUCUCUGAGCACGUCAAGCUCAGUUUCUAUCUCCUUAAUUAUUUUUGUUUCUCCAAUGAUUUUCAGUCUUCAAUAUAAGCUUACACAUUGGCUAUAUAAAAGAUAUGAAAAAAUUCCUGAAGAAUUGUCAAAAAUUUCUCCAUGAAAGUGUGAGCUUUAUAUGAGAAAAGAUCUAUUAGCAAACUCAUUAGAUGUUCUAAAGACAUUUGAAGUAUUUAUGAGGCAGCCAACAAUAUAUAAGUCCAAAAUCAUUCAUAUUUUUCUGAGUUAUUAUUGCUAUGGUGUUUCCAAAGACUCAAUAAAAGCUAGGCUGAUUUUAUAUUUAGCAAAAGAUCUUCACUCAUCUUUUGAUGAAAGUUUGCAAGAGAAAUUAUGCAAAAGUUUAAUCGAAAGAGAAACAAGUGCAGAUAAUGACACAUAUAGGUAUCUCAAUUUUAUAAAAUCAUUUUUAAAGACUACAGAAAUGGACAAGACCACAUGCUUUCUGUUGCAAAAAGUAUGAAAAGAACUUUUAAGGCCAAAGCCUCCACUAAGGGUAAUACAGCCGCUCAUUAAAACUCUUACUCCUUCUUCCUUUAAAUUGAAACAAAAUAUAGGUAAAAUUUCCAUUUUUUGGUACUUUAACACCCCUUUAAUUUGGAACCAUUUUUUCCAAUAGGAAAAUUUCAUAGGUAAAAAAUAUAAUUUUUAUAAAAUAAGUUUUGAUCUAAAUUUAAUUUAAAAAGUCCAAGUAUAAUAUAAUUUAAACAAUUUUAACACUAGACCAAUUUAUUUUUAAAUAACUCUUCAUAAAAAUCAAAAAUAUUACGCUCUGUUUAUAUUAAUUUUAAUUUUUUAAAAUUUUAUAAACUUUUUUUAUUUAAUAUAAUUUUUUAAAUAAAUUAAACGUCUUUAAAUUGGAUAGCAGAAUUUUUUUUGUUCCAAAUUAAAACAGGAGGAGUUAAUAAAAACCUGAAAAUCCUGAGAGAUCAAUAUCAUCAGUUAAUUAAGGCCAAUAAUAAAAAUAUUGAGUCAAACUUACAACUUGGCUCAUUGAUGAAUAAUUUAUUGAAUUUAUCAGAAAAAGGAGAAUAUUACACCUCUAUAGGAAUGGAUUUAUGGAAAGAUCAAAACCGCAAUAGAGGCUUAGGACUAAACCCUUACAACCCCAGCACUUGUGUAAUACUAGCAAACUGCUAUAAUAAAAUAUCAAUCCGUAUAGAAUACGCGAAUCGGCGAGCAAUAAACGCUCUUAGCUGCAAUUAUUCUGCGCUUAUUGGCUCAAAAUUCACUGAUUUAUUUCCUGCUUGCUAUGAAAAUUUCCAUAAAGCAUACCUAAAAAAAUUUGUGUCUGGGGCUGAUAUAAAGUUGCAGCUUCCCCCUAUAUUUUUUAUAAAAAAUCUUGCAGGCCAUUUAAUACCAAUUCAUGGAGUUUUGACUAUUGAUUCUCUCAAUGGAUCAAGAUUUUUAAUAUUUGUUUUCCAAUAUAAUGAUGAGUUUUUGACAUCAGCUCUUGUGAAAAUGAAUGCAACUGUGCAAGGCUGCACUGAGUCUUUUCCUCGGCUCCAUGUCAAAUGACCGUGGAUUUUUGACAGUGUACAUUUCAUCGAAAUCCAUUUGGUCGAAAAUUUUUGAUAGUGAGGACAUUUGGCCGAAAAUUAACGAUUUUUUGGUCAAAUGUCUCACUAUCAAAAAUUUCGAUCAAUUUUCGGUGAAAUAGACACUAUCAAAAAGGCAAAGUCAUUUGACCCGCACCCUUUUCCUCAGUUGCUAAAUAUAGAUAAAACAGUUGUGGAAAAAAACGAUUUUUCGAAGCAUAUUCCUGUACUAAAAGCAUUGGUAAAAUCUUAUCAUACUCCUAUGUAUUGCAGAAAUAAUAUUUUUAUAUGCUAUAGAAGGUUGAAUUCUACCUUAAUCCCCCUUUGUGAGCAAACAAAACCAUUGGAAAAUUUCCUAAUUUUUAGGCAGAAACCCACCCUCCGUGUGCGAACAAUGCUAUUUUUUAUAAAGACAUUGAUAUAUAAAUGAUAAUUUUCAUAAUUUUAAACAGCUUGCAUUUUAAAACAUAAAUUUUAAAUAUUAAAUUAUAUAUUUACUCUCCAAUUUUUGCGAAAUGGGGAUUUUUUAAAUUUGAAAAAAAAAGUACUAUUGAGGGAACAAAAUUUUUUGUUCACUUACGGAGGGGAGUUUAACAUAUUGAUAACUAUUAGUGGUAAAAGUAAAAUAAUUCUAAUUAUUAUUUGCAUACUUAAUUCAAAAUGCUAUAAUAUCAAUAAAAACACAAAUUUUUGAUGUUGAUUACGCUGUAUUUAUUGCGUUGGAUGGAAAAGGUGAAGUUCACAAAUGGGAAGCUGAGCACACUGAUAAAGAUAACUGAGAUUUUGAUAAAAGAAAUGAUUCACGUAUUUCUAUGAGCACAAUUGAAGAGUCACAUAUAGGAAAAAGCAUAAAUUCAGAGCAUCAGCAGUCGUUAGAGAGCAAGUUAAAAGGGUAUUCUAGCAACUAUUUGGAUGACAAUUCUGAAGAAACUUCUAAACAAGAAGACGAAAACCCUAAAACUGGAAAUAACAAAUCAAUAGCUUCUACAAUUAUGUCUUCAUCCAAAAGCGCACUUAUAAACCAACAUUUUGCCCUUAAAACCUCCGUAAAAUCAAAUGCCCGAAAUUUAAAAAUCACGUUGAUUUUAGCUGUAAUCCUCAUUUAGACAUUUAUUUUUAUAAUGAUCAAUCUCGGUUUCGCAAUUUUUUAUGAAAUCACAGUUUCAAUCGCCACAACUGCCAGUGAAUUAGAAAAUUAUUUAGUUAAUAGAACAUAUUACAUUUUAUCUGCAAGCCAAUUUGCUAGGUUUAUUGACCUUAAAUCUCGAGGUUUAAUUUUUUGAGACAUGAAUACAAUACAGGCAUUUUUAAUUUUAUUUGCAGACGACAUAACAACAGACUAUGAAAAAACCCAGAAUAAUUUUGAUACUUUUAUGUCUUCUUGCUAUAAAGACCAAUAUAUAAAAAACUAUGCUCCGAUGAUUGAAAAAAUCAGCCCUGGGGAACCUAGAGAAGUCAAAGAAAAUAUGUUUAAUGCACUGCUGCUUAUGAGAGCGUAUAUGCUUUCAGUUGCGGCAAGAAUGAUGACAGAGAAGCUAUUUUUGGACAGCGAUGAUGACUUGUAUAACACUUUUUGACUGGGAAGCAGCAAAUUGAUUAAUUAUUUGCAUCAUGUUCAAGAUUUGUACCAUAAAAAUAUAGAUAUCCAGCUAGAGCAGCUAAGCAUAGCUUUUACCAUUUUUGUGUUGGUUUUAUCUGUCAUGAUAGCCUGUGCAUUAUUAAUUAUGACUUGAAAACUGCUAAUCUUGCAAAAAGCCUAUGCUAAAAUAUGAACCAUUAUCCUCACUAACCCAAAAGAUGCUAUUAUAGAAAAAUAUACCAGUGUAAAUGAUAGGCUGGAGUCAAUACACUUUAUUGACACAGUCAAUGCCAGAAUUGAGCCUAGCGAUGUUACUGACUCCCCCCUCUGUGAGUGAACAAAAAAAUUUUGCUCACUCACGGAAGGGGCUUAAUUUUUUUUUGUUAAAAAAAUUUUUAUAUUUAAAUUUUAUAGAAAAGUUUUUUUUGAAAAUUUUUAAAAAAAAUCCUAAUUUGCAAAAAAUGGGAAGUAAAUAUUAAUUUAAUUUAUAAAAUUUAUGUUUUUAAAACGCAAUUUGUUUAAAAUUAAACAGAAUUAGCUCGAGAUUUCAUUAUACUAAUUUAUCACUUAUAUCUUAAAUUUUUUUUUAUAAAAAAUUUUUUCUAUUAAAAAACUUUUUGUCCACUCACGGAGAGUGGGUUUUUGGGCAAAAAAUAGCGAUUUUUCAAUGGUUUUGUUCACUCACGGAGGGGGGGAGUGAGCAUUACCAGAAAGAUUUUCAUAUCAUUCGCAUUUGGAAAAGAUUAAUUACUACUUAUUCCAUAUUUGGACUUGCCACCAUUUUUUAUGUGUGCAUGCUCUAUUUUUUCCCUGUUAAAUUGUGCAGUGAUUUAUAUGAAUUUCGGCAUGAAUUUUUGAUGGGCUGUGUAAGAAGUCGAGAAACUUUAUUACAUUUGUGAAGCUCAGCAAAAGAAAUACCUUUAUCAGGGACUAAUUAUAGCUUGCAUAAUAUUUUGGCAGACCAUUUUUAUGAAGGAUAUUUUGUUCAAGAAUUUAAUGAUUAUUUAGAAGAUGCUCUAGAUAAUGAUUAUUAUAUUCAGUCAUUAUUUACAGAUAGCAAAAUAAAUCCUUCUCAGUCUACAAUUAACAUUUUAUUUGAUUCUGUAAAUAAAUCCGCUAUCACUACCCAUGGCUUGCAAGAAGCGCUUAUUUAUUUUCAUACAGAACUAACAGAAAGUGCUUCCAGUGAGUGAAAUGAUGAUGUUACCCGAGAGUUCCAGUCAUCGCUUGGCGAUUUGUAUGAUAUUCUUCAAGCAUUUGAAAAACUGAUUGAUUCAGGGCUGAAAGAUCUGAUAAAUAGUAUAGAUCGUCAGAAAGCCUUUGCGCUUGCGAUGAUGUACAGCUUGUGUGUGGCAGCUUUAUUUAUUUUAUUUUUUCUGGGAAUCCCUAGUAUUAAAUCAAUGGAAGCUUCGAUUUUGGAAACUUGAAAAUUCUCACAUACGUUUUCUUUAGAAACCACAAGACUAAUGUUUAUAAAAAAUGGAAAAACUAUAACAUAA